ACCGGAAGUGGGUUGAUCUGUGGAUUGUGGGUAAUGUAGUUUUAGCACAGAAAACUGAUAUUGAGACAAAAUAUUUGGGAACAUAAGGAAGCCUGUUUCGCUUUUGUAUAUAUACAAACAAUAUACAUUUAAGGAAUCUUCAUGACAUAUAUGUCAUAUAUCAAAUAUAUAUUUUAUUUUCGCAUUCAAACUGUCAUUCCCCUCAUUUCCGAAGGAUGUCAGUGUAUCGGAACUCCUUCUUCAGCGCCGCCUCACUCCAAACCACCACCGAAGAAAAUGACGCAGCGCACCUGACAGGCGUGUUUUUAGCUUGUUAGCUAGAGAGCUACAUUUCUAAACACUUAUUAACUGCCCCCCGCUUUGAAAAUCAAACAUUUCCUUUGGAUAUAAAAGUGUACAAAGGUCCCGAAUCGAGAAGAAAGAAGACGACAAAGGCAGAGCAGUCAUGCAGAUCACACUGAAGACUCUGCAGCAGCAGACCAUUCAAAUAGACAUCGACGAUGACCAGACGGUGAAGGCAUUGAAAGAGAAGAUUGAGGCUGAGAAGGGCCGAGACAGUUUUCCCGUAGCAGGACAGAAGCUCAUCUAUGCCGGGAAAAUCCUGCAGGAUGACACACCCAUCAAGGAGUAUAAAAUCGACGAGAAGAACUUUGUGGUGGUGAUGGUGUCAAAGACAAAAGCAGCAGGACCCCCCGCCCCACCCUCAGAAGCACCCAAAUCUGUCGCAGCACCUUCCUCUUCCUCCUCCUCCUCCUCUCCUCCUCCUCCUCCUCCCCCUCCAGCCCCUGCAGCCAUCCCCAUCCCCAGUGACGAGCAUUUAGACGACCCGCCUGCAACUGUCUCGCCUACACAGAGCCCCGACGAUCGCACAGGUCAGGUGGCUGAUGGGGAAGAUGCGUCUUCAACAUUAGUGACAGGUCAAGAGUACGACGCCAUGCUCACAAACAUUAUGUCUAUGGGCUAUGAUAGAGAUAGAGUGGUGGCUGCGCUCAAGGCCAGUUAUAACAACCCUCACCGUGCUGUGGAGUAUCUGCUCAAUGGGAUCCCUACUGUCCCAGUGCAGGAGACCCGUCCCGCUCCAGUCCAGCUCCCCACAGACACACAGCCUCCUGAAGGCGAGAACCCUCUGGAGUUCCUGCGCUCUCAGCCACAGUUCCACAGCAUGAGGCAGGUGAUCCAGCAGAACCCAUCCUUACUGCCGGCCCUCCUGCAGCAGCUGGGCCAGGAGAACCCCGAACUACUGCAGCAAAUCAGCCAACAUCAGGAGCUCUUCAUCCAGAUGUUGAACGCGCCAGUGGACGAGGGCGAAGCCGGAGAGGGGGCGGAGUUUGGAGAUCUGGGUGCUAUCGGUGACGAGGCAGCGCCCGGGAGUUACAUCCAAGUGACGCAACAGGAGAAAGAAGCCAUCGAGAGGUUAAAAGCUCUGGGGUUUUCAGAAGCUCUGGUGGUCCAGGCGUACUUUGCCUGCGAGAAGAACGAGAACCUGGCCGCCAACUUCCUGCUCAAUCAGAAUUUCGAGGACGAAUGAGAGUCGGGGAGAGCCCGCGUGCCCCUUCCCCCGCCACCACACAAGCACUGCAUCUACUCGGGACACCGGUUUCCCCCCCCAUUAUUUCUUUGAGUUUACAAUUCAAGGGGAGACUGGCAGACUGGCUGGGGAUGGGGCGGAUGCAAUCACACGGUGAACAAAUUCCAAUGGAAUUGACGACAUUUGGGUUGAAUGCACUCUAGCAUGUUGAAGGGGUGUGUAUGCGUGUUCCCUUAGGGAAUAUUUGACUAAAUCAGCAUCAAUUGAAAGCAAACGCUCUCAUAGUAGUAUUAUGGGCUCUGAGGAGGUUAGAGGUAGGCAUACGCAUUUGCUUGUUUGUUUUUAGUUGGGAAAAGGACUAAUAAUAUGUGUCUAAUGGAGGAUUUUAUAUAUUUCUCUAAAUUCCAGAGCUAUUUCUGUAUUUCUCCCAGCACACACCUCUGAUGAAUGUGAUAACAUCAUUAAAAUAUAUGAAACAAGUAGUGCAACCAAUAGCAUUUCAAUAACAUUCUUAGCAACACAAGUGACCUGAAUUGAAGCCGUUUUGUAAAUGAAUCCAUAUCGUGGGGAAUAUCAUAAUCUGAUUGAUGAAUGUACACAAGGAUGUCAUGAAAUACAAGACUGUCCUAAUACAAAAUUUGUUUGUGUUAUUUAAAGUCAACAUGAAAUGGCAGUUGCAAACUCUUUUACUUCUGUAAUCUGAUGCAUUUGCAAGUUAAACUACAAAAAUGAAAAAUGAGGAAUUUGUUCUUUCCCGUCUGUUAUUUUGAAACAAGAUUGCACUUUUUUUUUUUUUUUAUUUAAAAUACCAUACAUUUACAAAUCUUAGAUAAGACAACAUGAUUUAAGAAUGUAAAUAAAGUCAAUUUCUUGUUGACUUUAAAAGCUUCUUAUUUAAACUUAAAGGUCACGAGUAUAAAUAAGGAUCAUUUUCCAUAGACGUUAGAUCUGCUUAUAUUUUCUUGUAUAACAUGAGAGGACCAACCUGUACCUUUAUACAGCAACAAAGGAUUUUAGCACGCUAAAGCUCGCUGCAUUUCAGAAGCAAAAAGCAUAGACCUUUUCCAGCACGAAAAUACAUUUUGUGCCGCCAGAUUUUCAAGUCCUGUCAAAAAGAGAUUUUCUUUAAGCACAUCAGUGUGACGAUGUGUUCCUCUGUUCAUGUAUUUGAAGUCAAGUCUCGUAACGUUCACCUCUUACAGCAGGAUCAGCAGACGGAAAGAGCCUUCGGCAGCAAUUCACCAUUGUAUUCGCUCAGCGCAGAAAUGCUCCUUUAUAACGUAGUAGCCAAACUGCCAGACAACACUUUUGUUUACUUAUCAGCAGGCCUACAUGAAAUCUGACUCUCAGAAUGGCUUUAAAAAUGGCAAAAUUUGCUCAACGCAACAGAGUGUUAUGCUUUUAUUGCAGAUUCCAUGUGGGCCUGUUUAUUAGUAAUUCAUAGUUUGAUUUACUAUACCUUCAACUCUCUUGGGAUCAAUAAAAUCUUAUUGCAAAGAA